UUCGUAGGUUUGUUGUGAAUAAGAAGCGAUUGGCAAGUUUUCACAUCCAUUCUUUUUGUUUUAGUUUUAACCUAUUUGGUACAAAAAAAAAAAAAAUAAUACUACCAUUUUAAACAAAACAUUAUAUCAAAAACUAGAUUUGAAACAACUGUUUUAAAAAAAUCCUUUUUGAACAAAUCCCUAAAUACAGUAAUAUUUUUUUCAUCUGUUUGUGAAAGAUUAUCCUCGCUUGUCACACCAAGCAUCUACGUUUCAACUUAGGUAAUCAUGGGAAAUAUUGAAAAACACUAACCUAUAGGAUUUUGCUCCAAUACAGAACGCAUGCACCAGAAAAUGAACAUAUAUAAUACAUAUAUACAUGUCUAGAGGAGUCUAAAAAGCCGCAAUCGGUUUCACCAAACUGUUGGCGCUUUCGUGUGUGAAAUAAAAAUAAAAUCAUUUCUUCAAAUUUCAUGUUAAACUUUCAUAACUACAUAUUAGAUUAAAACUAUACAUAGUAAUAGUAACGAAUUGUUGACCAUUUCGAGAACGCAACACAUACAUCGAAUGCGCGAAAGAAAGAAAAACGUUAAAAUUGUAUGCCACAUAUUCAAUGUAUUCCCCUGUACUAAAAUGAAAUCCGUAAAAUAUUUAGAUUUGCAGGCGAUGCAUCAUAGAAUUUAUAGUUUAGGAUGAAUUUUGUGUUGAAAAGCACUAUAUGCAAAUUAGCCAGGAAAAUGUAUAUGAUGCAGAAACGAAGUCACAACUCAUGAGUAAUAUACAAAUGUGAAUGGUCAAUGAUGAAUAGCUACAAUCAAUAUAAUGACCAAAAACUUAGUUUGGGAUUUUGAACCUAAAUGGUCCCGCAUUACGAAUAAAUAGUACGCUGUAUUGCAAUGAUGCCUGUUUUCAAGGAAUUACGAUAAAGAUUUUGACGUUCCAAAAGUGUCGAUUACAUACAACGCCUCGGGCUGAUGAGUUUGAAUUGUGAACAAUACGAUUUCUUGCAAAUAUUUUCGGGUAAUGCAUAUCUGUCAGCCUCAAAAAUAUUUAGAGGACUCACUUUUUAUUCUCACAAAGCAUUGAAGUUUUGCAGUUACUUCAUUUUGGUCAGAAUGCUUCAGGCAGUCGUUUGAACGUAAGUUUGGAAAUUCAAUGUUUGGUAUUUACAAUUAUGUGUUUUUGGUAACGUAAACCACGCCCCACGUCACGCUCGCUCCGGGCAUUUGGAACAGCAUUAGUCAUCUUAUCGACAGAAUAAUAUCCUAAACUGGUAUUCGGAUGGAAAUGUAUUAGGAUUUGCUUUAUGCGAGUUCAUGUAAAUACUGUCAGUGAGAGAUAAAAUUUUACCGUCGCUUAGAUGCAUGGUAAAUUAGACAUGCUUCAUAAAGUUGUCCCAGUACCUGAUCUAAAAUGAAUCUUAAAAUAAUAUUUCUAUUGAAGCAAAGACAUUCUAUGAAUAUGAUCUAACUAUCUCUAUUUUCUAGAUUAAUUGAUUCCAUUAAAUCAUUCAUCAGGUCAUAAAUAUUGCGUUUCUAUGGUGGUCCUUCAACUCAAAUAUCUUUCAAUAUGAAAUCAAUUUUUCCAGCAAGACGUUUUUUUAAAUAUAUACAUACUUUUUAUAUCUAUAUAUGAGCAGUAUUUUGCUCAUUAGUAUUAAAACACAGUGUUUUAGAGAUAAACGUAAUGAAGAAUAGAAUAACAGCAGCAUGUUUUUGUCUAGUCGUGAGUCUUCAUGUCAUCUAUGCUGAGGAAUUCUCACGAUCCAAAAGAGCUCCAUCAAACUGGUUAUCUUCACCGACAUUAAGUGAAACUCAAAUUAAAAUGAUAUUGGAUAGUCACAACGAAAUCAGAGCAAAAGUCAAGCCUUCAGCUACCAAUAUGGCUCGCUUGUCCUGGUCAACUAAGCUGGCGGCGAAAGCACUGAGUCGUUCGAGAAAUUGUGAGUACAUUCCAUCAAAUGAACAGGGCACGGGAGAGAACAUCCAUGUAUCUACGUCCACUGAUUUCGAAAACGUUGUAAAGGGUUUUGUCAGCGAAUGGGAGAAAGAGAAAAAAGACUAUGAUUUUCUAUCUUCCUCGUGUACUUUCGGAAAGCAAUGCAACAAUUAUAAACAACUUAUCUGGGCUGACACAUAUGAAGUAGGAUGUGCAAUCUCUUAUUGCAGUUCUGUCGGGGAUCUUGGUAGAGGAUAUUUAACAAUUUGUCAAUACAAAGUUGCAGGAAACGCAGUUAUUGAGAUUGAGAAUGGCGUAACUGUUCCUCUAGCUCCAUAUAGAGAAGGCGAGUCAUGUUCUGAGUGCGGGAAAGGAUACACUUGUUCCGAAAAUCUUUGUACUGAAGCGAGUGCCCAUGAUGAAUCCACUGAAGACGAUCAGGAUGAAUCCGACGCAUGUUAUACGGAAAAUAAAAAAAUGAUCGAUGCAUGGAAUGAACAAAUGAAGGUGUACAGAGAAGUUCAUCUCGAAAGGUGGAAAAAGCAGAUGGCUGAUUACGAAUACGCAUUAAACGAGGAAUCGUAACUCUAAAGAGUAUAUUAUUGCGAUGUUCGGUCUCUAACUUUAUAUUUUUUGUUUACACGAUCCCACCAGCUGACGCCAUAAAUUUAUCCGGGGUCAUGAAUUCUGGUACGGUAUCUGGCCAAAAAUUCAUAUUGCCCGGGUGGCCAUGCUUUGAGGAUAGCUGUCAGCUUCAAUCAUGUACGGGUAUCAAAAUAAGAAGUGGAAUAUCUUCAGUUAGGCAGCAAGUGUUCGUGACCAUUAUUAAUCAACGCAUUAACUUCUUCUGGACUAGAUACAAUUUUAAUAAUAUGCAGUACCAUAUUGAUAAAUCAUUUUCUCUCUGUCACCUCACGUACGUAAGAGAGGCUCAAAAUUUACCAAUUAUUUGAAUUGUACCAAUUUGCAUUCAUUUCGAUGUUCACUC